UUCUGCGCUUCUUGCCUCCGUGAACGCCUCGCCGGCAUUGAAUCCUCCUCCGACGAUCCUCCUCCCCCGACUACCCAAGGACAUCGCUCCCGCCGCUCGCCGGAGCUCCGUCGCACCAAAUCAUGCUCCGGCAGUGGUCCUCUCCCGUCAUCCUCCUCCGCCGACGUCGUUCCACGGCGUCGGUCCUGCGAGGUCCGACUGCCUGCUGCGGCGACAUCCCGGAACACGCUUUCGGACCUCUUCGACAUUGACGAUGGCGACGAGAAGAAGCGCCCGAAUCGGAACCUCGACGUCGAUUCGCGAUUCGAGAUAACUGUGGAGGAGCGUGAGAACGGUGGCAAUGAGGCGGUAAGGGUUUGCGUCGAUGAUUUUGUUUCAGACGAAGAUUAUGAAGAGACGAAGACGAUGAAGGAGUUCAUAGAUCUCGAAUUGCGAAGAAGGAAGAACGCUGGGAGAGAUUUGAUCGACAUUGCGGGGAGUUUCUGCAAGAGAUUGAGAAAAUGGAGGCGGAAACGUAAAUCGAAGGAGAACACUGCCACCGCCGCCGAUGAUGGCGGCGGAGGACGCGGUGGCGGUAAUGGACCCUGCGGUUUGGAUACUGAUGUGAUGAGAGGGUAUAGGGAGACUCAAUCGGAGGUUGGAGAGUACGGAUUUUUGCGGAGAAGGUCGUGUGACACUGAUCCGAGAUUGUCUGUUGAUGUUGAUGCAGGAAGAAUGUCGUUGGACGAUUCGAGGUUGUCGUUUGAGGCGGCUCGAGCUUCUUGGGAUGGCUAUUUGAUUGGGAGAACAUCGUGUGCAAGGUUCUCUCCAAUGCUUCAUGUUAAUGAGAGGGUUUUGGAGGAGAAUGAGGAGGAACAAGAGGUGGUGAGUUUGGAAAGUGGUGGAGAGAAUUGUCCUGGUGGUUCUUCUCAGACCAAAGAUUACUAUUCCGAUGCAAUGAAUCAGCAGCGGAGGAGGAGGAGUUUUGACAGGUCAAGCUCUAGGAGGAAGCAAUCAAUGGCAGAUGUUGAUGAAUUGAGAGUGUUGUCCAAUGCCAAGGUUUCCCCUGCAACCAAUGAGUUGUUCUAUGGGGCAAAGGUGCUGAUAACUGAUCAGAACGAUUCACAGAAUGAGAACUUGAAUGGUCAUGUUCAGUCUGCUUUUGCAAUGAUGUCUGGUUCUAAGAAUGUCCAUGAUGUUGCAAAUGGGGUUAAUAAUCAAAAAGGGUUGAAUAAGUUCCAUAAGUGGGUCAAGAAGUUGAACAAGUUGGGGUUGGUGCAGAGGAAAAGGGAAGCUAAGGCGGUAGAAGAAGAGCGUGGAUCAGGAGACACGGUUGUUAAUAAGCCGGUCACGGAGUCUUGGCAGAAGCUGAGGAGGGUGGUUAAUGGAAACACGAGCGAGUCUGUUAGCCAGAAGCUUAUUCGAAGUUACAGUGUUAGCUGUAGAAAUCCCUGUAGAACAGAUGGUUUAGUCAAUGGAUUUGUCGGUACUCCAGAGACUAAUGGCAGUAUUUUGAAUGGAAGAAAAGAGUUUACACUUCAAAGGAACCGAAGCGUUAGUUAUUCACCGGGUCAUGUUGACACCGGCUUGUUAAGGUUCUAUUUUACUCCUUUGAAGAACUAUAAGCGAAGCAUUUCAGGAAAGAGUAGCUCAAAGGAUUAGAAUGCAAUGGCCAAAAGUGUCUUGAAAAGCUGUUUGUAAGAGCAUAUCUGGUCUGAACUCUUGUUGUUCAAGAGAGAAAAGUACAUCACAUUGUUACGUUCUGGUUUCUAUUUUUAGAGUGAUGUUGGGAGCAGAAAUAGGUAUACUUUUCCAUAUGCAAUUGGCACGGUAAACUUCUGAUUGCAACACUGCUA